AGCCGAGCUGUUACGUAUCAAAGUGUUGCGCGUCUCAUUGCCAAUAUCUCUCAGUUCGCAAAUUUUUUACAUUUACGCCAUACGCUGCUGCUUUAGGUACGUACUACACGCUCGCGUCGUCUAUCGUCUAUCGCGUAUCGCGUAUCGCGUAUCGUUCUUCGAUAUCUCGACUCCAAUUCCUUAUACCUACAUAGCCUGUGUAAAUAAAGUACCUACGACGUACGUAGGUAUUACGUAUACGUUUUCGUUUUUCGUUUUUCGUUUUGGUUUCAAAUGUUGAAAAAAUUGCUCCAACUGAUUUUCUUUCGUGCCUCAUCACUACGACUUAUCUCUCUGAUUUCCCAACAUUCUUCGUUUUCGUUCUUCGGCUGCUGAAAAUUUUUUUCGAGUUUCCGUUUCUGUUGUGGCCGCUGUCUCCGCCGCCGCCGCCGCCGCCGCCGCCGCCGCCGCCGCCGCAGCCACCGUCGUCGACGACCGCACGUCGUUUACCCUUCGUUUGGUAAUUAUCGCGAAUAUCGUUCGUCGUCGUCGUUGUUGUUGUUGUUGUUGUAGUGGUAGUGUACAUACAUACGAGUAGUAGAUACGUGGUCCGAGUUUGGCUGCAUAAUUUUUCAUCAUUUUCUUCGAAAAUAUUUCCAUUUCGAGUACCCGCUACCGUCUACCGUCUACCGUCAACCGCCGUCAGGUGUGCUCUGUAAUAUUACCAGUACAGUAUACUAGUGCGAGUAUUUUUGUUUGCGUCAAAGAUUGAUUCGCGCGUGUCUGUGUUUCACGUAUAUGUGUGUGUGUGUGCGCGCGUGUUUUUUUUUCGCUAUACAUCCAACAUAAUCGUCCACAUAAACCUGCUACAUACUCGUACGUGCUAACAGAUUACAGUACCUACAUCAUAAAAUUGUGUUAUCAGUGUUCGUAUAGGUGAAACGCUGUAGCUAUAGCUGUAAUAGCAACCUAAGUACCUUAGUACCUCUACCGACGUAGCUCUUUUGCCUUUUUUCACUUUUUCCAAUUCGCGGCGUCGAAUACCUAAUUAAGUACAUUACACUGGGGUAUCUAUUGGUGAUCGCGUAUAUUUGGUGCGUGCUGGGUGCUGCGUGCUGCGUUCUGUGUACGUGUAUGUGUUGUGCGUAUAGCGCGAACCGAUGAUAAUAGCAGCGAACGUUAUCAGCUGGCCUGCGACAACGGCAACCUUUCGUAAUGAAAAGCUAGGCUCGUCGCUGAAAAUUACGCGUAUUUACUACGACAACGACAACGACAACAACUGCAACUGCAGAUCAUACUCUACACCAUCGUCCAGGAAGGUGGCAAAAUCUUGCCAGCUGCGCAUCCAUCCAGUCAGUACUCGAUCCGUGUAGGAGCGUAGGAGGCCACAAAAGUACGCCAAUAUAUCGGCUUUUGCGAUAGAGAAAAAGAGAAGAGAAGAAAAGAAGGAAAAACUGCACGUCGCGUCGAGGCGUCGUAAUGCGCGGCGUGAAUGCCGCGGUAGCCACUGCGACCGCCACCGCCACUGUAUCUGGUACGAGCAAAUGCGCGCCAUCGUGUCGCGUGCGAGAAAGCGACAACAGCCAUCCGAGCACUUUAACCUUAACCAUCCGAUCUGCAAACGAUUCGAGUUGGAGUUCACUAGCGUAAUCGCAGUCGCAGUCGCAGUGUGAUUGGAGUUGAAGCAUCGCCGUUCAUCGUGGCGUAUUUCACGGAUUGCGCUUACGAAAUGGGGUGGAUGCAUACGGCGGCAGCGCCGCCGCCAUCCACCGGCAUCGCUUUCAAUUCGAGCAGCCACCACGGCAAUACCGUCGUCGGCAGCGCCGCGAGAUCCAGCUCGUCCAUGUACACCAGCUACGGCGGCGGUGGCGCCGGCAGCUACCCAUCGAUGGCCGCUACCGCCGAAAAUGCGGCCGCUUACAGCAGAAUGACACCCUCGCUGCAGGCGCUACCGCUACCGCCGCCGCCGCCUUCGCCUUCGCCUUCUUCGCCGUCGGCGUCAUCUUCGUCUUCGCCGCUGCCGCUCAUGUAUCCGGUUCAGACGUCGCCGCACGAUUACAACCACCAUCUUCGCAACCCUUACGGCUACAUCGAUUGCAGAACGGCAGCCGUGGCGGCUGCCGCCGCUGCCAAUAUGCCGCAGUCCUCUUCCUCUCUGUACAUGGCUCACAACGAAUAUCCUCCUAUGACGGCUAACUCGAACAGGAUGAUGCGCAAUUUGGCUGAGAAAAUGCGACGUGACAAAUUGAACACGUAUAUUAACGAGCUAUCGACACUUGUGCCUAUGGUAUCGAAUUCGCCUAAGAAAAUGGAUAAAACCAGCGUGCUUCGUUUAGCCACCACAUACCUUCGAAUUCAUCGUGUGACCGAAGCUACCAGAGAUCAACGAAACGUGUUACCGCAAAUUCUCAGCUCGUCCGAAUGGCCGCAAACGCUAUUAGAUAAAAUGGACGGCGUCAUGUUGAUAGUGACAUCUGCUGGCAAAAUUGUUUUCAUUUCGCAUAAUAUCGAGAAAGUUUUGGGACAUACGCAAACCGAACUGAUGGGUCAUGGUUUGUCAAAUAUCACAUUUCCGCCCGAUUUGCCCGAAUUGAGACGAUGUUUAACGCCCGAUAAAGAAGAUGAAAACUGUUCAGAUAAUGCCAACGCUAACAACUGCACGCUGGUAGAAAGACAAAGACGCUCGUUUUGUUUACGAUUAAGACAUCGAUGCUUAGCUCGUUCCGAACAGCCGCAAUACGAACCGAUGCAUUUGAACGGCUUUUUGCGAGUUCCAAAAAAGUACACUUGUCAAGCGCAGAAGAAAUCUCGCAAAUGCAAAGGUGAAAUGACUGCUACGAACAGCAACGAGAUCUUAUUAGUAGCCGUAAUGAAGCCGGCUCGCGAGAUGACUCUCAUGUCUAUCGUAGAAGCGUCGCAAGAAGAAUACGUUACUCGACACUGGUACGACGGACGUAUCGUUUUUUGUGACCAGAGGAUUUCGCUAGUUUCCGGUUAUUUGCCCGAAGAAGUGAAAGGUUUGCAAGCGUUCCAAUUCAUGGCCAAAGAAGAAGUACAUUGGGUGAUGAUCGCGUUAAGGCAAAUGCUUUGGAACCGCGAAGGUUUCGGAAAAAGUUGUUAUCGAUUGAAGAGGAAAAACGGCGAUUUCAUUUAUAUGGUGACGCACGGCUAUUUGGAACCGUGCGAGGAUCUGCAAAAGUCCACCUUCGUCUGCGUGAAUACGUUGGUCAGCAGCGAAGAAGGAGAACGCGAAAUUCGAAAUAUGAAGAAAAAAUUCACGCCUAUUAUCGAACGCAGAGAAGAGCCCGCCAUCGCGGCUAUCGCUGAAAAAUACGCUUUCAUUCGUACGCGGGAUCGUAACGUACCGGACCACAAUCCGACCACCGAGGAUCCGGCCGAGUUGAAAAACGCCCUCAAAGCGAUGGUAACUAAUAUACCGCCGCCGACCGAGGUUAAAGAAGAUCCGGAAAAAUGUCGCGAAACGCAGUUCGCCAAAGUCAAGUACAUUUCCAAGACUUUGCCGCCGCCUACGAUACCCACCGGCAAAGUGAUCACCGUUCUCGAAGAGAAAACCGCGUCCGCGUCCACGUCCGCGUCGCCGACGUCGCCCGCAGCUGCGCCCUCCACGUCGUCGUCCAAACACGAUCGUUUAUCGCCGCUGCUCGCUUCGACGUCCAUUUACAGUACGACUGCGACUGCGACGACCACCUCGAACGCCACCGCCACCGCCACAUCGAUGGGUUCGCCGUCACCGUCGCCAUCGUCGUCUCAACAUCAGCACCUUUCUGCCGCUACCGCCGCCGUAUCGCCUUCUUCGACGGUGGCUGCUUUAUCGCCUUGCGGGGCCGCUUCGUCCAGAACAUCGUUUCAAAAUCGACCUUCGGUGCUGCGAAUAGCACCGGCGCGCCAAACGGUCAACAACGUAUCGGCGACUGCGACCGACAAUUACGCCAUUAGCAGUACGAGCAAUUUCGACGGCGAUAAAGCCAUCAACGACGCUAGUCGUAAGUACUCGGCCAGCUUUUGCGGAAGCCCAGCUGCAGCCGCAGCCGGUAGCUUAACGAAUUGCGAUUUCAUCAAGCAAGAGUGCGUUAUAAAACAAGAAACCAUCGACAUCGUCGACGUGGAUAACUACAACGACGACGGAGGUGGUGGCGGUGUCGGUGUCGAUGACGAUGACGCCGACGCCGACGACGACGACGAUUUCGAGGCGCAGAUUGCGGCCGUCAUUCGAACCGACUCGGGCCAACAAUUGGUCGCCGCAAUGGCGGCCGCUCAAGCCAUGCCCACUGCUGGCGCCGACGACAACGAACGAGUAGGCGUCCUGGUGAGCGGCAGAAGCGCCGUGAAAAGGCAUCUAGAUUGCGACGCGUCUUCGUUCUCCUCGUCUAUAGUUCCUAUCAAAAAGAACGCGCAUUCUGCGAACGGCGUUGCCAAAGUUGGUCAUCAAAAACAUUUAUUAGCGGCGGCCACAGCCGUCCCGUUGCUGUCGCCUCACCAAGUCUCGUCGUCUUCGUCGCCGUCGCCCUAUACGCCCUAUUCCGCUGCUGCCGCCGCGUCCUGUUCCAAUCCCGCCGCCGCCGCCGGCAGCGCUUUGCUGCUCGAAACUACGCAAAUAUCGCGAAUCGACGACCCGUACACGCGAUUGGCCGAUAUCGAAGUUUGCGAUCCGACCACGCAGUUCGUUCACAAUAUUACCGAUUCGUUCGAAACUAAAAACCAACCCGAACAAGUACUGCACUUAUUGGACAACGAAAACCUGAAACACCGUCAUAUCGAAUUGGAAUCCAAAAUGCACAUUCAAGGCGCCCAGAUACGCGCUAUAGAAGGCGAUUUGGAUAAAGUGCCAUUCACCACCGAACAGCACGGCUUUCAAACCGAUCUUACGCAGUUGAAGGAACAGCAUGUGAAACAAACGAAAAUGCUGAUGACCUUGCAACAAGAUCAUCAUAGUUUGCAACGGUGCAACACGACCGAUAGUUCUGCGAAUAUUACCAGCAGUAGCACCGUGCAUCAGAAUGUCGGCGUGUAAAGUCGCCAAAGGCUGCAACCAACACCCUGCGGCUGCACCGAAUUAAGUUAAUCGAUUGUGUUCCCUUUUGCCGAAAUGUAAUCUUAUUUUUAGUCCCUAUAGCUUGUACAUACGGUGAUAAUUCGAUUUCGACCAUUUUCCCCCAUUUUUUCGAAUAGCUAUCGCUCGCGAAGCACCACCUCGUAGUUAGCGUCUGUUUGCGUUUUACGUUUUCAUUUUUAUUACGACGACGCGACGCUGGCCUCUCUGUCUACCUCUCUCUGUCUCUCUCUCGACGCUAACGAAUAUCCUAUCUUUUCGUAUGUAUUUUCCUGGUGAAAACUCGAGACAUAAGACGAAAAAUCAGGGCAUAUUUUGUUCGAUAUUACGCGGGUAUAUAAUAUUACGUACGUAUUUUCUCCUCUAUCUCCUUUAAUUACGAGUAAGGUAAUAUUUUUUUCAUGUUUUAUGUUGUUGUUUUUUUUUUUUUUGCAAAUUUUUAUUAUUUAUUCGAGUUAAUUUACGUGUUACGCGAUAACACUAGCUUAAGCUGUAGACCUCUCGUUUCUCAUGCGCUCCUCUAAACUUUAUCGUUGUAAACUUGGCAUGGCUGGCCAUUCAAUUCGAGUUGACCUUUUUUGUGGUAUUUUACAUUUUAUUUGUUGAUUUUUUUUUCUCAAUUCGUGUAUUUACAUAUGUAUUUAGGUAUUAUUUAUUCGUUUAUUUAAUUACUUAUUUGCGAGUUUCAUUAUUUUUCUUUGUGACGCGCGAUUACCGUAUAUAUUUCCUUACUGCUGGAAUUUUUUAAUUUCUUCCCCUUUCUUUGCUUUUUCCUUCUCUUCUUUUUAUUCUUCUUCUUCUUCAUGCCCGUCGUCUGAUAAUUACAAAUUGAGAAAAAUUCAGUCAUAAACCUAUCACUUUCAACGCGUAUUAAGCUUCUGUUUUAUGCAUAUUAUUUUGUACGCUGCGUAUCUCGACGUCUAUGUCUGUUGCGUAUAAACAAUGAUAAGGCUGUAUGUAAGAAUGCGGUACACAACUUACGGGUACAUAAAAAUAAAUUUUAGCCAAGCAUAUGACUGUAUCUAUACGUUUUAUUAUUGUUAUAUUUACUAUGUAUUAUGAUUACUGCUAUUACUUUUAUUACUACUACUACUUCAUCAUUGUCAAGAAUUGCUGUUCUAUUUCAUUGUUAUAAUUCAUUAAUGAAUAUGGCCGAAGAGUAUUUGCCGACGUGUCCUUCAUGUACGCCUGCUCGUUCAGGCUGCACUUAUAUGUAAUUUCUAAGCACUUUAGUAUCAUCGACUCCGCGUAUCCAAGUACUACUAUGAAUUAUUUAUAUUAAUUCGUUUGUGCAGUCUUCUUUUUAUUUUCGUUUGUUACUUUUAUUUUGUUAUUUCGUUGUUGUCGUGAAUGUUAUUAGUAUUAAUUAAUUACCUAAUUAUUAUGAUUUUUAUUUUAUUCUUACUUUUUUUUUUCAUUCUUCGCUGUUGUUGAGAUGAUAUAAUACGUUACGUAUUCUUGCCCAUAGCCUAAAUUGACAAAUGGAUCGGCUGCGGCACCAAGUUUUCAUUUGUGAAAUGUGACAUUGCGACAUACGGGUACUAUACCUACCUACAACAAUCGGCACAAAUGGCACAAUCCAUAUUUUCUAUUCGUACGAGUACAAGAACUGAAACGAUUCGAUGACUAAUUUUGAAUCGUGUAUUUGAAAUGAAACACGACAAAAGAUGAUGAUGAUUGAUAAUGUAUAAACUCGUACCACGUAUGUAAGUAAAAUUCUCAACCACGAAAACUUUCUCAUAUGUAAUACCAUAGAUGAAAUAAUCUCGAUGGCGGGCGUUUAGCGUUUGGCGUUGGGCAUAUCCUUAUGGCAUGGCAUAUCUUCGAGUGAAACAGUUUCAAAUAUCGCAUAUCAGGUUUGUUGUUACAGUGCCUAUCAAUUUGUAGGAAUAUGCCACCACGUUGAGACUUGAUUCGUAUUAUUUACCUACUUUCGAGAUCACCGAGUUAUUGAAAUACACAUUAAUUUACUACGAAACUUGUCGAUCAUGCGAAUGUAACGUUCUUAAAAAGCCAACAGUCAAACACUUAUAGUAUGUAUUCUUGAAGCCUAGUUUUGUACUCGUGUUGAGCUAUUCUUUAAAUUCAACGCGGUGCCGCGCCGCUGCAUUAUUUCGAUCAAGCAUCUUUAGUCGCCGUUUGUAUUUUGUAACUGUUAUAUUAGGUGUCGUUUUAAUUUCAAUUCCCCCAACCCUACCUCCUACCUCCUACCAAAAAUUGUACAUUUAAAGCCAACUCUACUUACCUUAAUUACGAGAAGCGCGCUGUAUAUUAUAAUUUAAUUUCGUGUGGUUACCGUAGUUUUUAGUUUCUUGUUCAUCAGUUCAUCUCAUCCUCUCCCCCGUCCCUCCUCACUUCUCACUGUCAAUACCGCGUGAAGGAAGAAUAUUACGAGUAGAUGCAGCUACUUACACGUAGUUAUACAAGACGAUGAUAUGAAAAAAAAAAGAACAAUUCUCGUAGAUUUCGUACUGGCAAUCGUAAGAUUUGUACUAUUUUUAUUGCCUAACAAUGUUUCGAAAAUCCACUUUAACACUACGUAUGUAUUUCCUACAAAUAUACUUUUGCUACUUUUGAGAAUAUCA